GAGAUGAAGGAGGGACUGCGGGUGACAAGCGGGACCACCUCUGAGCCGCACCGUGAUCCUGGAGCUUCGCCCCUCGCAUUAAUGGCUACGGAAAGGAGAGGGACGCGACUCAAGGGGACGGCGGGAUUAAGGGGACACCAUCAGAGACAAGCAGGCGCCGCUUCUCUGAGAGUCGCCAGCCUCCCCUGAGGGUGCUGGCUGGAGCCGGCCUGCUGUCGACCACACAGCUUGAUGGAUGUCGUACUGACGCCAAUGAUGCUUGAAGACGAAAUCAUCGCUAAGGCUUCUUUCUGCUCCGAUUAUAAUAAGCAAAUGCUUGUAGGAAUUUAUUCCGAUCUAUCCGGCCUUCCGUCUGACCUCCUCAGGGCUUGGCAGGUUGCUUUCCUGGGCAAUCCAGGGCUCGUGAGGAGUGAGGGGAGGGGUCCCGACCCCAGCAGAGGCGCAGGCCUCUGGCAGCUCAGCACCCGGAGUCCCCGCCUGGAAGGGGCCCGGGAAGGGCCGGCAUUUCCACGCUGACUUGCGGACCGAGGUGUGCCAACUAGGAAUUGGACGGCUGAGCGUGUGGCAGUCAGGAUCCAAUCUCUGUCUGACUCCUAAGCCUGUGCUCGGAAGCCUUCUGGUGUCUGUGCCUCCUGAGAUCCUGCAUGGUUGUUCCCCUAAGGAAUUUUCCGUUGGGAAACAGAAACAAUGGCAAACAAUACUGCUUGGAUGUGAGUAACCCUAUGAUGACUCACAGGGUUGUUUCAGGAUGAAGAUCUAGCAGAUAUUAACGUGACGGCGUCAGGUGGAUCGACAGCCCCCCCACCGCCCCAUUUGUCAGGGGCUUGAGAGUGGGGCGACAUGGAGGAGCGUAAGAACGAGGCGACGAAUCGGGCUCACAUCCUCUUUGACCGGUUCGUGCAGGCCACCACUUGCAAGGGGACACUCAAGGCCUUCCAAGAGCUCUGCGACCACCUGGAACUGAAGCCUAAGGACCACCGCUCCUUUUACCACAAGCUCAAGUCCAAGCUCAACUACUGGAGAGCCAAGGCCCUCUGGGCAAAGCUGGACAAGCGGGGCAGCCACAAAGACUACAAGAAGGGAAAGGCGUGCACUAACACUAAGUGUCUCAUCAUUGGAGCUGGCCCCUGCGGUCUCCGCACAGCCAUCGAUUUAUCCUUAUUGGGAGCUAAGGUGGUCGUGAUUGAGAAACGAGAUGCCUUCUCCCGCAACAAUGUCUUGCACCUCUGGCCAUUCACCAUACACGACCUGCGAGGCCUGGGUGCCAAGAAGUUCUACGGCAAGUUCUGUGCUGGAGCCAUCGACCACAUCAGUAUCCGUCAGCUUCAACUAAUACUUUUGAAAGUAGCAUUGAUCCUAGGCAUUGAAAUCCAUGUCAAUGUGGAAUUCCAAGGACUUGUGGAGCCUCCUGAGGACCAAGAAAAUGAACGGAUAGGUUGGCGGGCCCUGGUGCACCCCAAAACCCAUCCUGUAUCAGAAUAUGAGUUUGAAGUGAUCAUUGGAGGGGAUGGCCGCAGGAACACCUUGGAAGGAUUUCGUCGGAAAGAAUUUCGUGGCAAACUGGCCAUUGCCAUUACAGCAAAUUUUAUUAACCGAAAUACAACCGCAGAAGCCAAAGUGGAAGAGAUCAGUGGUGUGGCUUUUAUAUUCAACCAAAAAUUUUUCCAGGAACUGAGGGAAGCCACAGGGAUCGAUUUGGAGAACAUCGUCUACUACAAAGAUGACACACACUAUUUUGUUAUGACAGCCAAAAAGCAGAGUUUACUGGACAAAGGGGUGAUACUGCACGACUACGCCGACACGGAGCUCCUGCUGUCCCGGGAGAAUGUGGACCAGGAGGCCCUGCUGAGCUAUGCCCGGGAGGCGGCCGACUUCUCCACCCAGCAGCAGCUGCCCUCCCUGGACUUCGCCAUCAACCACUACGGGCAGCCCGACGUGGCCAUGUUCGACUUCACGUGCAUGUACGCCUCCGAGAACGCGGCCCUGGUGCGGGAGCACGGUGGCCACCAGCUGCUGGUGGCCCUGGUGGGGGACAGCCUUCUGGAGCCUUUUUGGCCAAUGGGAACAGGAAUAGCCCGGGGCUUUCUAGCUGCUAUGGACUCGGCCUGGAUGGUGCGCAGUUGGUCUCUGGGAAGGAGCCCCUUGGAAGUCCUGGCAGAGAGGGAAAGCAUUUAUAGGUUGCUGCCUCAGACCACCCCCGAGAAUGUGAGCAAGAACUUCAGCCAGUACAGCAUAGACCCCGUCACCAGAUACCCCAACAUGAACGUCAACUUCCUCCGGCCAAGCCAGGUGCGCCAUCUGUAUGAUACUGGAGAAACAAAAGAUAUUCACCUGGAGAUGGAGAACCUCGUGAAUUCCCGAACUACCCCAAAAUUGGCCCGCAAUGAGUCUGUGGCUCGUUCCAGCAAACUGCUGGGUUGGUGCCAGCGGCAGACAGAUGGCUACGCUGGGGUGAACGUGACGGACCUCACCAUGUCGUGGAAGAGCGGCCUGGCCCUGUGUGCCGUCAUCCACAGAUACCGCCCUGAUCUGAUAGAUUUUGAUUCUUUGGAUGAGCAAAAUGUGGAGAAGAAUAACCAGCUGGCCUUUGAUAUUGCUGAGAAGGAGCUGGGCAUUUCUCCCAUCAUGACAGGCAGAGAGAUGGCCUCGGUGGGGGAGCCGGACAAGCUGUCCAUGGUGAUGUACCUGACCCAGUUCUACGAGAUGUUCAGGGACUCGCUCCCCUCCCGAGACGCCUUGGACCUGAAUGCUGAGGAGAGGGCCGUCCUGGUAGCCAGCACUAAAUCCCCUAUCUCCUUCCUGAGCAAGCUGGGGCAGACCAUUUCUCGGAAGCGCUCUCCCAAGGACAAAAAGGAAAAGGACUUGGAUGGUGCUGGGAAGAGGAGAAAGACCAGCCAGUCGGAAGAGGAGGACGCACCCCGGGGCUACAGAGGAGGAAGGCCUACGCUGGUGAGCACACUGAGCGACCGGAGGGUGGAUGUGGCCCUUGGCAACCAGAACAAGGUGAAGUACAUGGCGACCCAGCUGCUGGCCAAGUUUGAGGAGAACGCGCCCGCACAGUCCACGGGCGUGAGGAGACAGCCGACACAAGAGCGUGGGCUCAGCCAGCCGUCCUGCUGCCUGCCUGAGCAGGGUCGCCCUGCUCCCGCCCCCCAGUGGAAACAGCGACAGGAAAAGGAGCAUUCUCGGACCUGCCCCAAAAAAGUGAUCACUCUCUCUCCUCCCCCUACUCCGCCUCCCUGUCGGGCACGUGGCGACCAGCAGACGUACAGCGCUCUUGAUGCUGACAGCCGUGGCAAGCAGAGUCCCCACCACGAGAGGCCAGAGCCUGAGCCUUCUCGUCGAUUUUUUGUCGACCAGUGGGAGCUUUCUCUAAGCCUCCGCUCCGCCAGCCGCCCUGCCUCUCCCUCCUCUGACUUCCUCCGACAGGGCUCCAUGAAGAAGGAGUUCCCACAGAACUUGGGAGGCAGCGACACCUGCUACUUCUGCCGGAAGCGGGUCUACGUGAUGGAGCGCCUGAGCGCCGAGGGCAAGUUCUUCCACCGGAGCUGCUUCAAGUGCGAGUACUGCGCCACCACCCUGCGCCUCUCGGCCUACGCAUACGCCCUCGAGGACGGUAAAUUCUACUGCAAACCACACUACUGUUACCGGCUGUCCGGGCCUGUACAGAGGAAGAGACCAGCAGUGGCCCCUCUGUCUGGAAAGGAGGCCAGGGGACCCCUGCAGGACAGCCCUGCUGCAGACACCAACGGACAGCCCAGCACCAGUGCCAGCCCUGCUGAGAGAACUCCAGGCCCGAGCGUGAACGGCCUGGAGGAGCCCAGCAUCGCUAAGAGGCUGCGGGGCACCCCGGAGAGGAUUGAGCUGGAGAACUACCGCCUGUCGGUGCGGCAGGCGGAGGGGCUGGAGGAGGUGCCCGAGGAGACGCAGGCCGAGCACAACCUGAGCAGUGUGCUGGACACGGGGACGGAGGAGGACGCGGCCAGCAGCAGUUCUGAGUCCGAGAUGGAGGAGGAGGAACCCCCACUGCCCCCCUCGGACCUGGGCGGCGUUCCCUGGAAGGAGGCCGUGAGGAUCCAUGCUCUUCUGAAAGGAAGGAGUGAAGAGGAGCUCGAGGCCUCCAGGAGCUUCGCAGCUGGGGAGGAGGACGCGGAGGACGCAGGGGACGAGGAGGACGAGGAGGACGAGGAGGACGCGUCUAGUGAAGGAGAGUACUGGCCCCGGGACAGAGAACUCCUGCAAGGCCAGCCGCUGGGGCACCUGCCAGAGGAAGAGGACAUGGGUACACGUGAAGCUGGGAGCCCAAGGCUGCAGCAGCUCGUAAAUCCAGCCGAUCCCUUGGAGAUCCAGGCUGACGUGCACUGGACGCACAUCCGUGAGAGCCAGGAGGAGCAAGUGUCACCAGCCUCUGAGUCCCCUCCUUCCAGAGGGCCCGACCUUCCCUCCGUUCGCCGUGCAGCAGUGCAGGCCUGGCUGGAGUCGGUCUCCGGAGUCCCGUUUGACGAGGACGACCUGGAAGAAGAUGUGGACUCAGAGCCAGCAGAGAUAGAAGGCGAGGCAGCGGAGAAUGGGGACACGGGGGACACUGGCGCAGAGCUGGGCGAUGGUCAGCACUGGUCGGACGACGUUCCGUCAGAGACCGACACGGAGCUGCAGCAGGUGGCGGCAGGAGUGGGACUGGAGCUGCGGGUGUCUGAAGGCGAGGAGGAGCCACCGCCGGCCUUGGCAAGGCGCCCAGAGAGAGGUCGCUCCCAAGUCUCCAGCCCCAGCCGGUCCCCUGAGGAGCACUCGGUCCUGUCCUCCCCAGCCCACAGCCCCAGGGCACAGGGCGCCCGAGCCCCGCGCGCCUCUGCAGCCGCCACGAGGGGGUUGCCCGCGGAGAGCCCUGUGCCAGAGCCAGAGCCAGAGCUCGCCCAUGGGGAGCCCACAGCCGGCACCCCUGUCCAAUCGCAGCCCGAAGCCAGGACGCCGCCCUCACCUGCAAGCCCACAGCGCCGGUCCCCGCUGGCCCCCCUCCCCAUCUGCUCCCAGCCUCAGCCGUCCGCCGAGGCCACCGUGCCGUCCCCCACCGUGUCCCCCAUCCGCUUCCAGCCUGUGCCAGCCAGAACCUCCACCCCCCUGGCCCCCCUCCCCGUGAAGAGCCAGGGGGUCACCAAGGACACACUGGGCAGCCCCCUCCCUGGGGACGAGGCCCUGAGACGCAGCGACCUGGUGGCAGAGUUCUGGAUGAAGAGCGCAGAGAUCCGCCGCAGCCUGGGGCUCACGCCCGUGCGACGGGGCCCUGGACCUGAGCCCGCGUUCCAGCCCGCGCCCCUGCAGGCCUGUCGAGCUGAGAAGCUCCCCCAGGGCGAGGGACCCUGGCUUCUGAAACCCACACCUGUCCCCGGGAGGCUGGGGCCGCCUGCCGCCAGGGGGACCCAGCCCUCCCCGCCCACCCCGGGGUCCCCACCUGGCAGGGAGCCGAAGGGCGCCCGGGCGGAGCACAGAGACCUGUCCAGCAGCUCGGGGCUGGGCCUGCAGGGCAGCUCCUCCCGCACCAGGACGCCCGGCAGCCAGAGCUUCAGCACGUCCGACUCCACGAUGCUCACGCCCCCCUCCAGCCCGCCGCCCCCACCUCCCGACGAGGAGCCCGCCACCCUUCAUGGGAAGCCGGCCCUGGUGGGGCAGCUCGCAGCCUCGGAGCCCCGAGCACCGGCCGCAUGCUUGCGGACCCCGCGGGAGCCCACCCGGCCGCCCCCAGAGGAGGCACCGAAGCCAUUUGUGGAGAGCGUGGACGAGAUCCCCUUUGCGGACGAUGUGGAGGACACGUAUGACGACCGCACGGAGCACUCGAGUCUGCAGGAGCCCUUCUUCACGCCCCCCUCCCGCUGGCCCUGCCCCGAGCAGCCCCUGGCCCAGGAGAGAGGCCGGGGGCCUGAGAGUGGGCUCCCGCCACAGAAGCGGGGGUUGCCGCUGGUCUCCGCCGAGGCCAAGGAGCUGGCAGCCGAGCGUAUGCGCGCCCGGGAGAAGUCAGUGCGGAGCCCGGCGCUGAGGGAUGCCAUGGCCCGGCAGCUGAGCAGGAUGAAGGAGAUGGACACCGUGGCCACCGCCCCCAGGGCCCCCAGGACCCCGGCACCCCGCAGAGCCACUGCCGUGCCCCCCAAGGGCCCCGAGGAGCCCAUCCCAACGCACAAAGCCACGAGUGAGGAGGUCCCGUCGCCUCCCUCGGACUCAGGGGGCCUGGACGGCUCGGUUACCUCGUCCGAGGGCUCCAGCGGGAAGAGCAAGAAGAGAUCGUCCCUCUUCUCCCCCAGAAGAAACAAGAAAGAGAAGAAGCCCAAGGGUGACGGCCGGCCCCCGGAGAGGCCCAGCCCCAGCGCCCUGGAGGAAGCAGCAGCCAAGCCCAGGUCCCUGUGGAAGUCCGUCUUCUCCGGGUACAGGAAGGAAAAGAAGAAGAAGGGUGAUGGCAGGUCCCGCCCCAGCACCCCUUCCAGUGGGACCACUGUGGACGCCGGCAAGCCGGGGGCGUCUCCUGUCACGAGAGCAGAGCUGCGGCCCCGACGCCAGCUGAGCUGCUCGGAGGACUCGGACAUCUCCAGCGACGAUGUCCUGGAGCGGACCUCCCAGAAGUCCAGGAGAGAGCCGAGGACUUACACGGAGGAGGAGCUGAAUACCAAGCUGACCCGGCGUGUGCAGAAAGCAGCCCGGAGGCAGGCCAAGCAGGAGGAGCUGAAGCGGCUGCACCGCGCCCAGAUCAUCCAGCGGCAGCUGGAGCAGGUGGAGGAGAAGCAGCGCCAGCUGGAGGAGAGGGGCGUCGCCGUGGAGAAGGCGCUGCGUGGGGAAGCAGACUAUUGGGGAGAGUCUUAUUACACUGACCUCAUCGACUUGCGUCUGGGUGUUGAGCCCAGUGGCGGGACUCCACGACGUAGACCUCUCUCCUUCUGCCCUUGCUGUGUCCAGGAAGGCAUGGGCAAAAAGGACGACCCCAAGCUGAUGCAGGAGUGGUUCAAGCUGGUGCAGGAGAAGAACGCCGUGGUGCGCUAUGAGUCGGAGCUCAUGAUCUUCGCCCGGGAGCUGGAGCUGGAGGACCGGCAGAGCCGGCUGCAGCAGGAGCUCCGCGAGCGGAUGGCCAUGGAAGAUCACCUGAAGACAGAGGAGGAGCUGUCGGAGGAGAAGAGGAUCCUGAACGAGAUGCUGGAGGUGGUGGAGCAGAGAGACGCCCUGGUGGCCCUGCUGGAGGAGCAGCGGCUCCGGGAGAAGGAGGAGGACAAGGACCUGGAGGCCGCCAUGCUGUCCAAGGGCUUCAGCCUGAACUGGUCCUGAGCACCGCCCGGCCCUGGCUGGUCUGUGCACCGUCCGACCCGGGCUGGCUGCUCCCAGACCACCCAGAUCCGAGGUCGGAGUGGGCCUGCUGCCUCCUGGGAGUUUGCACUCAGACCUCCUCGUGGCUCUGAGAAGCAGUCAAGCGCCGAGCUGUGGGAGCCCCAGUGAAGACGGUGGUCCAGUAGCGCAGCCUCCUCGAAGAGGCCUCCCUGCCCUCCUGCUUCAGAGACGGGGAACGCGGAUCCUGGGGGGACGCCUGGUCGGAGGGACGCGGCUCCGCCCCAAUCCCCAGGCCCAGGGGGCCAGCGCAGACUUCAUCCAGGGCUGAGGAGGCCCGCCCCGCGGCCCAGUGCCACACUCCAGGCCUCUCCUGGCUGUGGCCUGAGGCCUGAGGCUGCUGCAUUUGCUUUUAAUUCACAACACUGGAAGAUACUGACUUCAGGGUCGGGCAGAGACCCUCUUCUGGCCCCGCCACAGGCCUGCGGCCUUGUCACGGGCUCCUCGUGGCGGGCGGGAGGCCUCGCCUCGUUCCUGGGUUUGCCCCGAACGAAGCUGACAGCCUGGGAGGCGUGGCCUCUUUGUCAAUUAACUUAUUUUUUUAAUACUUGAAAAGAAGCAACUUCACUUUUAUAUCUUUACCAGGACACUGAUUGCUUGGCACCUGGGUAGGGGUGUGGAGGUGGGUCCCAGCUGACCGCGCUGUCACUCCAUUCAUUACUCUUUCAUCGUGGGGCUGACCUGAACCCUCAGGUCAGCAAGACCCCCGUGUGGGCCCGGCGUGCAGCGCCCGUCCUCCUGUGCCCGGCCCCGGGCGUCCGUGUCUACACCGCUCGCUUGUCAAGUACGCGUUUGAGCUGCUGGAGGCCACGCCAUGAGGCACAGAUGCCUCUUGGCCUCCCUGUUGGAAUCCUGGCUCUGCAGAACCCAUUUUUCCUCCGUUUUGGUGCCGAGAUCUCACCUGCCACAGCACGUUUAUUGAAGAAAGUUUUAGGCCGGCUGCACCAGCGCGUGGGACCCUGCUCAGCGAGGCCCAGAUCCAGCCAGCUGGAGCUGCAGUGACGGCACACUGGGGGACUCCAGUUGGGGUCCCCCCCACACACACAUGAGCUCCGGCCCAGCUCCAGCCCAGCACCUCUUCGUGGGGAGGCACUGGACAGGAAGCACCGUGGAGCCAGCUCGUGCCGUGGCUCAGCCAGAGGCCGGCAGUGUCCAGCCUGCAGAGCCACUGUUAGACUCUGCAGGGGCCGUGCUCGUCCACAGAGGAGCAAGGGCAGCGCCAGGCCAGUCCCGAGGCCCUCCAGCCGACUCCUGGUGGAGCGGGACUGCGUGCAGGGAAGAGAGGCCUCAGGGCAGGACAGGGGGCGUCCACCCCGACCUUGGGACGUCCCUGGGGAACCACAUCGUGCCUCAACUUGAACAGAGUCAUUCUCACUGCAAAGGAGCAAAGAACUGUCUUUUUCUUCAGUCUGUCCCAAAGCUGCCGUCUGGAAUCCAGGGCACGCGCUGCUCCAGCCCUCGCGGCUCUGACCUUCACCUCUUGCUUGAUGAGGUAGAGCCUCCGUUUCUAUUCUCGUUUCUUAGAAGGGGGAGCGGAGGGUGUUCUAGAUCCAUCCUCAAAUCCCAGCCUUCCAAUACAAUUGGGCUUGGGACAGGAUUCAUCGCCUGUGUGGCCUUUGCCUACCCUUCCUACCCACCGCCCCGGUGCACCGCAACUGCCAGGCCCGUCCCUCGAGCUUCUGCCCACCCAGGACGAGGACAAGUUUACAGAGUGGCCAGGAGGGACAUGACACCCGCCGCUGCGGAAGCACACCGUGCCUGCAGGAACGAGGACGGCCUGGAGGCUGCAGAGAAGCUUGGAAAUGCUCCCCACUCCCUCCCGCAGGGCUGCGAUUUCAGGUUCUAGUAGAGCACUUUUUCUGAAAGCUCCCGUUUUAUAACCACUAGUUUGCAGGUUGUUGUAGUGCCCUGCUGACGGGCUGCAUGCAGUGUUUCCCAGCUCUGGAAAUGCACUCAGCUCCUGUCAAGUCCCUUGAAGGCAGGGCAGCAGGAAAUCUCUCUCUGAAAUGCCACGGCAUGAGCAGGCCCAAGCCCGAGGCCUGUGCAGGGAGAGCCAGGUUCAGCUCCAGCAGGGCCAGGGCGGCAGCGCACCUCGCCUCAGUCCGAGGCCACCAGCGGCUCCACCUGGGGGUCCAGUCCUGCUCAGAUGGCGUCUUGUGGCCUUUGCCCCGGGAGCUGUCCUCCAGCUGCUCUGACCAGCAGUGAUAGACUAUCCGCUAUCUUUUCAAAGAGCAGAAUUUUUUCAGUGGGGCAGAAAGUGGAGAGAGUUUAAAGAAAAGUUUAAAGGUGGUAACAACUGAUCUACAAAGGGGAAUGGGCCAUUUUAUGCGCAAUAAAAGUUUUUAAAACAA